AUGACAUUUUCUGCCAUUUACUUUUUGGAUAACAAAGGACAGGUUCUCAUUUCCCGCAAUUAUCGAGGGAAUGUUACAAUGUCGAUGAUUGAGAAUUUCAUGCCUUUACUUCUAAGCAAAGAGGAGGAUGGAUCCUUAAGCCCAAUUUUGGAGAAAGAUGAUGUCUACUUUUUGUGGAUUAAAUACAAAAAUAUUUACAUGGUAUGUACAAUGAAAAGAAAUACCAAUAUUACAUUAUCUUUUGCAUUCCUUUUCAAAGUUAAACAGAUAUUCAUUGAGUACUUUGGAGAUCUUGAACAAGAGAGUAUACAGGACAACUUUAUUCUAAUGUACGAACUUCUUGAUGAAAUGAUGGACUUUGGUUACCCGCAGGUCACUGAAACAGCCAUAUUGCAGGAAUAUAUUACACAGGAAGGUUACAAAUUGAAGCAGGGAGCACCUAAGCCCCCAGCUGCUGUCACCAAUGCAGUAUCCUGGAGAUCUGAAGGGAUCAAGUAUCGGAGGAAUGAACUUUUCAUGGAUAUCAUUGAAUCUAUUAACUUCCUGGUUAAUACUCGUGGCUGUGUGGUUCACAGUGAGAUUUUGGGACAGAUUCUGAUAAACUGCUGCUUGAGUGGGAUGCCCGAAGUCACUUUAUGUUUUAACGACAAUGCUCUUUUCAACCAGAACCCAAGAGAAAAUGUGGUGGACUUUGAGGACGUAAAAUUUCAUUCUUGCGUUCGGCUGUCUCGCUUUGAAAAUGAACGUGUCAUCUCCUUCAUCCCACCAGACAAGGAUUUUGAGCUGAUGUCAUAUCGAGUCACCAGUCGAGUCCAACCAUAUCUGUUUGUUGAAGCAAAUGUGCAGAGAUACGCACACAGCAGAAUAGAAAUCACAGCAAAGGUUAAAGGAAAAUUCAAAGAUCGUCUGACUGCUACAGACGUUGCCAUCAUCAUCCCUGUCCCCAGCGAUGCUUCAUCUCCAAAGUUCAAUACAGCUAAAGGUUGCAUAGAAUGGGUACCUGAGGACAGUGUUAUCAUCUGGUCUAUAAAUUCUAUUCAAGGAGGAAAGGAAUUUAUGAUGAAGGCCCAUCUGGGACUGCCGAGUGUCGAGGCAGAAGAACCUGAAGCAAAACCUCCAAUCAGAGUGAAGUUCAAAAUCCAAUACCUAGCAGCAUCAGGAUUGCAGAUCAAAUAUGUACGAAUAAUUGAAAAGUCCACUUAUCAGGCAAUAUCCUGGAUUCGAAGCCUAACAAAAAGUGGAGAUUUCCAAAUUCGGAUUUGA